AUGUUUGAUAUAAUUUCAUUGAUGCAUUCCUACGAUAGGGCAGUUUUGUGGGCAGCAGCCGCUUUCCUGGUGUCUGCUAUAUCAUAUUUCCUCAUCCAUCCUCUUUCAAACACCAAGACUACGUCGAGCAAGGCAGAGCGGUCCCGCGCAUUGAGACAGGCAUUCAACGAGAUCGAAAGCCGCACGGCGAACAAGAAGGAAAGGGUCAACCGAAAUGACACGGCGACGUCAUCUGGUUCCUUGAGGAUUAGCAACCUCUGGAUAUAUCCCAUAAAAUCCCUCCGUGGAUGUGAAGUGUCCCACGCCAUGUUAACAAAAGAAGGCUUCUACCACGACCGGCGGUUCAUGCUCCUGAAAGAAGACGAAUCGGCACCGUCAAAAUUGAAAAAUAUGCAUAUACCCCAUGUACCAAGCAUGUCCCUCUUCCACCCAUCCAUCGAAGAUGACAAGAUCCUCGUCCGGUAUCGAGCACCGGGAACUACUGAACCGGCUGGGGAUGCCCUCGAGAUCCCGCUUUACCCCGAGGAUCUAGCCAGCUUGGAUACACUGCCUAUCAUGAUGCACAAAAGCCCCACCACAGCGUAUCACAUGGGCGAGAAAUGCAGCCAGUGGUUCUCGGAAAGGUUUGGAUUUAAAGUCGUCCUGGCAUACUGGGGUGGGAAUCCACGACAAGUGCUAGGGAGCCUCCGACUAGGAAGAGCAGGAGCGGGCGAGUCAACAGCAAAACCGACGCUCUUGAAGCAGAUAAGCCAAACCCGUAUCAUCAGAUCCCUAAUCCCUAGUCAAGCUGCCGCCGACGAUUCAAUAAUCGCUUUCAACGACUGCGCACCUUACCUCGUAAUCACGGAAAAGUCCGUCGCCGAUGUGUCAGCGCGUCUCCCGGAGGGCAUGGAAAUGGACUACACGAAAUUCCGGCCGAAUAUCGUAGUCCGCGGCGCCUCAUCCGCUUACGAGGAGGAUUUCUGGGGCGAGCUAACAGUCGGGAGUGGCGGUGCUAAUGCGAGGAUUAUCCUUACCGGUAACUGCGCGAGAUGUGCAUCUCUUAAUGUAGAUUUCAAUACCGGGGCAGCGGGGAAAGGUGAGGAUGGGCAGAUUUUGAAGCUUCUGCAGAAAGAUAGGAGGGUUGAUAAGGGGUCGAAGUGGAGCCCUAUUUUUGGGAGGUAUGGGUUUGGGAAUACGGGCUCGGAAGGGGAGGUUUUGCAUGUUGGGGAUGAGCUGGUCGUUUCGAGGAGGAAUGAGGAGAGGACGAAGUUCUCGUACUGUGUUAACGGUGCCUUUCAUUCACUAUUAACUCAGCCAACUCAGGGAAAAGGCAGCUUAAUAUUAAAACUCCACGAUGUUCCUUUUGUUUUCGUUCUCUACAAACCACCACGUCAACUUCGCUCACCUGUAACAACCACAAUAACAAUCACAAUCACAAUCACAACCACCACUACCACCACUACCACCACCACCACCACAACCAAUACCAAUACCAAUACCAAGCGCAAUCCCAACGACCUCUAUCCACUAGCACAGUGCCCUAUCCAAAGCAAUCACCACGUAGCCCCUGCCCUCGUUCUUACAACUCUCCAACUUGAAAUGGCCUCCUCAACUCCCACUCGAAGGGAACUUCCCAAGGAGGUAUGGGAAGAGGUAUUCAAGAACCUGGAAUUGGGAGACGUCAAAGCCGCUCGUCUCGUUUGCUCGCUGUGGAGCCCCGUCGCCUCCCGGUUCCUCUUUAGCACCUUUGUCUUCCGCAAGGACAGACGGGACUUUGAGAGGUUCAGCCGCGUGAUUAGGGAGGAAGCCAUGGUAGGGGGCAUAAAGACGCUACGAUUUCAGAUCGGCACGAUGAAUAUACCUAACAUGGCUCACUACCUUGCCGACAUAUACGUUGGUGAUUACAACGGCGUCACGGCGAGACGGUUGACGGGCCAAACAGAGGGGACCUGGGACACGGUUGAGGCGGUUGAGCGACGCAAGGAUAUCGCUAUACAAGAGUACGCUGACUGGAACAUGCGCUGGGGGGAGUCCAACCAGGCCUAUAGCAACCUGGAAACAAUCACCAACGUCUUUAAAGGACUAAGACGUUUAGAUCGGAUCGACGUAACUCUCAAAUCAAUACCCUUCCGGUCUCCCUUUUUAUACGACGCAUGGGUCCACGGCAGUAGCAACAGAGCCUUCCCCAGAAAGAACCAAGAGUUUACCAAUAUCAUCAUGGCGCUUUCCAAGACAGAGCUACGGCUAAAACACCUGAGGCAUGACCAUCUCCCGGUCACAUUUUUUCGGGAUCCAAUGGAGGUCCUCGAUAUGGUCAUACCGCUACAACAUCUCCAAUCCAUCCAUCUCACAUUCGAUGCCAACGAGGCUCCACCACCCAGGUUCUGGAAUAAUCUCGGGCUCUUCCUCAGAGAAAUCCCAUUGCUAAGGGAUUUACGCUUCGGCUUUGACCCCAUCGAGAUCCCAACUUGCACCGAGCUCUUUUGGAUUGUAGACAUGGAUCCCGAGCUGUGGUAUGUCCCACUGUGGCAUAUAUUCCAAGGUUGCCAAUGGCGACACUUACAAAAGCUACGAUUAGAUGGGAUGAUGUUUUGUGAGGAGGGUUUGGAAUAUUUCCUUGCGGCGCACGUAGAAACCUUACAAGAUCUAGAGCUGCACAACAUUGCUCUCUGGCAAGGGAGUUUCCUCUCACUAUUCAGCAAAAUCCGUUCCUACAUGUUGCUUACGAACUUCCGCGUUUCGGGUACGCUUUGUGCUUUACAUGCUUAUUGCGAGACAUGGACCUUCCCCAAGAUUGAGAACCCUUUCUCAGAGAUGUGGUGCCCGAACUUCGCUAGGGCUAUGCAGCAAGACGCCGACAAGUUAAGUUGGGGGUUGCUUAUGAUCGGUACGAGCAAUGGUGUGGCCCACUUUGGAGCUGUUGCUAAACGUAUUGAGGCCUUUGUCUUAGGCGGUGCCCUAUCAUCCUUGACUGAAAUUCUAGGAUUCGGCACUAGGUUAUUUACUCCGGAGCUUCCCGCGCACGGUCUGCAGUGUAGUGAUUGUUGGAGCAAAGUGGAGGAUCGGAAUGAGAUGUGGGCUGCAAGCAGCGCUCGGCCUGACGAAGACUGGGAGCAAGUGGGCGACGACGUCGACGACGUCGACGAGAAUGAGGACGCCAUCGCGUAUGACGACGGAUUCGACGAGUACGGGUUUAAUACCGACGGGUACAACCUAGAGGGCGUCCAUUAUUUGGACGUCAUCGCGGAAGCACCCGACAGCUUUAAUAGCGGGAUUAAGGUUAGGGUCAAGAGAGAUCUUGUGGAGUGGAUCUUGCACAGCGUUCCCGGAUACUGGCUCGGAGGUGAAGACGAAGUUUACCGCGGAUAUCCAAAGUGA